AUGCGGAGAUAUGCUUCAACAAUAUCCAAACAAAACUCACUUCCAGCCGCAUACUACCGCGGCGGUACAUCAAGAGCAGUCUUUUUCAAAACAAAUGACCUUCCACAAAACAAGAAAAGCUGGGACCACAUCUUCCGCAGCGUCAUCGGAAGUCCCGACCCUUACGGCCGACAACUUGACGGUAUGGGCGGAGGCAUAUCCAGUCUAUCGAAGAUAUGUGUAGUUGGCAAAUCAACACAUUCCGACGCUGAUGUCGAUUAUACAUUUGUGGCGUUGGGUGUUAAGACCAACGAAGUGGACUACUCUAGUAAUUGUGGAAAUAUGAUCAGUGCUGUUGGCCCGUUCGCUGUGGACUCUGGUCUUUUCCCUACCAGUAUCAAUCAGCAGUCUGCUACAGUCCGAAUACAUAACACUAAUACAGGGAAGAUAAUCCAUGCUGUCUUUCCCGUGGUCGAGGGAGAAGCGGCCGCUAGCGGAGACUUUUCCAUUGAUGGAGUCGCUGGAGCAGCAUCUCCAAUUCGUCUGGACUUUAUUGAGCCCGCUGGAUCUCGCACUGGACAUUUACUUCCCACCGGAAACGUCACCGACGAUAUUGACGGGGUGCCAGUUACAUGUUUGGAUGCAGCUAAUCCUUGUGCUCUGGUCAAGGCUACAGAUCUCGGUGUCGACGGUAACCUAACACCCGACGAAAUCGAUACUCAUCCAGAUCUACUUCAGUGGUUGGACUCCAUUCGGCGUCAGGCCGGUGUAAAGAUGAGCCUUGCAAAGACAUUAGACACCGUACCAGGAAGUGUCCCCAAAAUCUGUCUUGUAGCAACACCGACUUCUACCCCGAGAGAUAUCAAGGCUCAGCAGACUCCGAGUGAUGUGGAUCUUUUGGUACGAGCUAUAUCUGUCGGUCAGCCGCACAAGGCUGUUCCCAUCACUGUGGCUCUAGCUGUUGCAACGGCUUCCAAGGUUCGCGGUAGUACCGUCUCAGAUGUCGUUGGUGUGAACCCCGUUGAUAAAGCAGGUGUAACGCUAGGUCAUGCAAGUGGCAAACUACUGGUGGGUGCCAAUUUCAGUGAAGAUGGCGGCUUGGAAUCUGCAACGGUUUUCCGAACUGCUCGAAGGUCGUUAGUCUCUAUGUUGAAGACCUACAACGGGCCGGUACAAUACGAAGAAGCCAUAUGUAUAUACUUAUUCAGGGAAUCAAGUGCCUUGUCCUAG